AUGCCACCUAGACUCCCUUGUACAAAUAAUUCUUAUUCAAAAGCACUCAAAUCUCAUUACCAAAGGAGACAAAGAGAGCUCAAUGAAUAUAAACGGUAUAGAAAAUAUCUCAAUGCACGUAAUCAAAGUAUGGAAAAGAGAGACUCGAAGGACCAAACACCCGAGC